CUCCAGCCCACACUGGACCCCACCCUCACCAUGGCUCACUCUCCAGACCACCCAGCGGGGAUGCAGUGCCCGUUUCGUAGUGCUUUAUUUUUCUAAAUAUUAGCCCCAAUUAAAAAAACUUUUUUGUCCUCCCAUUUUUAGGGUAAUUUUAUGGAGUGUCAGCCUGAGAGCAGCAUCUCUCACCGUUUCCACAAAGACUGUGCCUCUCGAGUCAAUAAUGCCAGCUAUUGCCCCCACUGCGGGGAGGAGAGCUCCAAGGCCAAAGAGGUGACGAUAGCUAAAGCAGACACCACCUCCACGGUGACGCCAGGCCCCGGGCAGGAGAAGGGCUCUGCCCUGGAGGGCAGGGCCGACACCACCACGGGCAGUGCGGCUGGACCACCACUCUCGGAGGACGACAAGCUGCCAGGCCCCGCCUCCCAUGCGCCCGAGGGCUUCGAUCCGUCGGGACCUGCUGGCCUCGGGAGGCCGACCCCCGGCCUUUCCCAGGGACCAGGAAAGGAAACCUUGGAGAGUGCUCUUAUUGCUCUCGACUCGGAAAAACCCAAGAAGCUUCGCUUCCACCCAAAGCAGCUGUACUUCUCCGCCAGGCAAGGGGAGCUUCAGAAGGUGCUCCUCAUGCUGGUGGACGGAAUUGACCCCAACUUCAAAAUGGAGCACCAGAAUAAGCGUUCCCCACUGCAUGCCGCGGCGGAGGCUGGACACGUGGACAUCUGCCACAUGCUGGUUCAGGUUCGGCAGGCACAGCGCCCUCCUGAGGCCCUUCACCUGCUCCCUUUCAUUGCUAUCACCGUGAAAUGAGACCAUGUUCGUGGUUCUUCCGGUUUAAAAGUUACUCAGUGCCGUGAAGCAGACCCAGAAUCAGCCUUUCUGACCCCAGUCCUGCAAGCACAUCAGGGCUUCCCGCUGCUUCCUCCUGCGUGUACCGCGGCCUCUGACCAGAGCAUGCUGCCUCUCGGCUGUUUCUUGAUUUGCUUUCCCUGGCUUUGGUUCUUGUCACUCAUGACUCCAUCCUCGGGAGGCAAGCACUAGGCAUGGACGCCCUUUGUGUGUAAAUCAGACCACGUGAGCAUUUUUAAGCCACCUUGUAUUCUGCAAGGGCGUGCUGUGUCACGUUAGUCACUGUCGUGUGUUUCGGUUGCUUGAGUUGACUCUGCCUCCUGCUGAUUUAUUCCAGACCCUCUGCACACUGCCCGUGUGGCUCAGUGCUCAGACACACGACGCCACUUCUCCUCCGUGACGUUCCCUGAUCCCUGUGUUGGGGCCCCUGUUUCUCAAAUGCCAGGUUUGAGUCUGGUGCAGUCUGACUUCUGAGCCCUUGGAUGUGACCUAUUAUUUCUGGAAACUUUAGGGGCUUUCCUUGAACCCCACUGGGCUGAAGUUGCACCUUGUUGUAGCGUGGGGCCUUUUAGACUCGCCGGAGCGUUUGGUGCAUUUGGUGUGCCCUUUCAAUACAGAAAUCCAUGCUGUCUGUCCUGGGAGGAUUUCCUGUGUGACUUCUGUGCCUAGGUCCCCUCUACCCGUCUCAGUGCCCGGGUCCCCUCUGCCCGUCUCAGUGCCCGGGUCCCCUCUGCCCGUCUCAGCUUUGUCGUUCUAGGACUCUCGUAAUUCAGGCGUGGGACCUUCCAAACUGAUUCCUGCUGUGUUCUCUUCUGCCAUCUAGGCAGCAUUCUCAACUUCAGCUUCUAGCUCCUGGGGGAUUUUUAAUGUGUGAGGUCACAUUUUCAAAUCCCAAGAAUUCCUUUCUGCUCUCGGAUAGUUCCUUUUCUCUGAAGCUCUUAUGGUUUUUCUGAAGUGUUAUGCUGCUCUGUUUUAGUUUUUCUUAUCUAAAGGUUCUCCUCAAACGCCCAUGACUCUUCUUUAUUGUCAAACUACUAAACGCUGGCGGUAGCUCCUGCUUGCCGGGGGCUGGUCACUGCAGGGUGACCUCCAGGCCUUGCUGUUUUGUUGGGGCCCCCAGACACCGCUGUCUGGGAGGGGCCUGUCCCCUCGGACUGCACCCGUCUCUACCUUCCUUAGGGCCGAGAAGGAGAGAGCAAUGGCGCUCCGUCUGUUGCACUCACACCUACCCGCUCUCCGGCGACGGAGUCGUCACUGAUGAUGUUUGUUACUAUUUGCCUGGAAUGAUUUUUCCCUCCUUUUAGUCUGACUUUCUUCCCCUCCUUUUCGGAUAUACGUGUUUUAAACACAGAACUUGACUUUUUAUAAAUUUGGUCUAACAAUUUUGGUAUUUUAAUAGGAACUUUUAGUCUUGCUCUUAUUUAUAUCUAAUGUCGUAUAGUUUUAAUUUCUAGCUGUCUUUGUCCAUUUUUUCUUGCUGUAACAGAAUCCUUGAGGCCAGAUCAUUUAUAAAGAAAAUAAAUUUAUUUCUCACAGUUCUGGAGGCUGGGAAACCCAAGGUCAAGGGGCUGCCUCUGGAGACUUCUGGAGAGGCCGCGUGCUGUGCCCACACACAGCCGGGAACCGCACAGAGUGAGAUACUCCAGCGCAGACUCUUGCUGCGGACCAGGCUGCCCACAUGGGAGCAGGUCUGUUCUUGGGGGACUGACCCCGUCUUGGAGAAAGGCGAGGCUCCCAUCUUCGGAGCCUCGUUACCUCUUAAAGGCCUGGCCUCCCAGCCUCACUGGGGCCCCCAAUCCCAAUAAAUAAAUCGCAUUCAGGCCGUAGGCCCAGCCUUUUGAA